GAGUUUAGAUUGAGUACCAAGGGAUUUGUAAACGCCGAACAACGAUCAGAUUUGUAAAGCAAUCGGCAGUCGAUUUGUUCCUCUAAACCUAAAAUAGUAGGAGUACAUGAAUAAAGUGAGAUUCUGAAACAUUUUGCGUCCGGUUCUGGCAAUGAAUUAUUCACGUCCGUACAGAUCUCGCCCGUUGAAAACACAACGAAAGCUUUCGGGCCCAUUGUUGAAGGAUCAAUCAAAAUUGAUAUUCAAGUCGCUUGAUUCACGCUAUUUAUCAAAUAUUAAUGAAUUAGAAAGCGAGGAAGAAUGCGAUGAAGGCACCCAUGAGACAACGACUAUAGUUUCUUAUGGCAACAGUGAUGUGAGUUCGUCUAGAAACGCCAGUGAAGGAAUAUCACAAGAAGAACGCGAGCGUAAAUUAGCUACUGUUAGGCAACCUGAAAAACUAUGGGAUAAUCAAAAUGAACAGUUUCAAGCAACAAGGAACAAACAAACAUACAAGAUGGAACAUUUACCAAAGGAAAAACAAACAAACAACGUGGUUGAUGCACAGGAUGUCGACAAAACAACCAUUGUGAAAAAGUAUCUACCAAAAACCGAAACUGAUGUAAGCAUAACCGACAGCAUUGCAACUGGAGACAGUACGGAAAACGGUGCUGCUUUGAUAGAAAUGGAGAAUGUCAUUGGACCUAUAUCACCCGAUGAAGGCGGUCAUAAAUAUCAUAAUGAGCAUGAUGGAGACGAUCAUAGUGAUUCUAAUACAGGAAAUCACAAGCGUUCACUUGAAACACCUAACCAAAAACUGACGCGUGAAAUCAGUGAAGUCAGUGUAGUUCCCGACCUCGUUCCUAUUGAUACGUAUAGAAAGCGCCCGCAGGCAAAGGAUCCCAGAAAACUAAGCAUAACGAAAAAGAAUGAUUGUCAUCAGCUCGCACAGGACUCAUUUGAUUAUUCUAAGAAACGAUACUCCACAUCAAGUCGUAAUGGAUCAAUUGCUAGUACAGGGAACAAUUCUAAUUUCUCUCCAAAAUCAUAUGUCACUGGUCACAUGACUGGGUUACAAUUGCCUCAUUUUGAUACUGGGAGCAGACGACUUUCUGUUUCUAGCAGACGACCUUCUUACAAUCUAUCACCGGAAGUGCAUAGCAGACGACAUAGUGUGCUCCUACAACAGCAAAGGAGGCUAUCGCGGACAUCUCGUAGGUAUUCAACGGUGGAUCGUGACAGUUCCGACGAGGACGACAAUGAAGAAACGGCGUCCCCACGAUUCUGCGCCACAUUAUCUGCGGAGGCUCAAUUCGCUAUGCUAAAGGGUUACGAAGAUGUGCUCCUAUCAAAUUUACGCAACACGUACCCAGAAUAUAAAAACCUCCUACAAAGAACCAAAACCCCAGCCAAUGUCAAUCAGAUCAUGAUCGACAUUGCCCCGGGGAAGAAUGGAAAACCGGACGUUUUAACUAAGCACCAACGCCCGAUUUCUAGAACUUUAGUAAAAUCUGUUGAUAAUGCUCCUACCAAUAAAACAGAAGCAACACCCGUUGGUGAAAAUGACAUUAUUAUCGAUGAUGCGCUACUAAGAACUUUUGUGACUCCAGAGCUGAAGAGCAAUACCACGAGCGAUGCUCUAGUUGAAGUGCGCGCAACAAACACACCUAAACUACCUGGGAUUUAUGUUGAACCAGCGCCAAAUAAAACAGCCGACGCCACUCCCAUCGCAAAUCCGUUAGGAUCUGACACCGACCGAUCCCUUUCUCCCAAACUCAUGCAUUUUUCCUCAAACUCGAAUAAUUCGCUGAGUGCGACAGAUCAAUCUAUAUUCACAACAAGCAUGGCCAAUAUACACACCAGUCCAAGUCAGUCGACUAAAUCUCGGAAAAGACACAGAAAUAAAGAUAGUAGCACUGUCGUUCAGAUGAGCAACAAGUUUCAAAAUGCCAUGAAUCUAUUGGACAACUUAAAGCAUUCCCAAGGAUUGCCUGUGACGUGUUCAGCGCCGGAAAGGAUACAUAAUAUCGAACCAGUGAAAUACUAUGAUAAAUGGGGUAGACGCUGGACAAAGAGCUUUAAAAUUCAAUGAUUUAUCUCUGAUUAAGAAGUACCACUGGUCAGUAUCAAGCGAAGGUAACGGCCGUAAUAUUUUCACCAAAAUUUUCAGUUUUUAUCGAAUUAAACUACUUAAUAGUUGAUGUAGGCCUAAUGCUUUGAUAUUUGAAUUAUAUCAGGCGCAUAUGACAUCGAAUUUAUUGAUAACUAACACGACUGUUACCGUAUCAUACAUUUCCACUUACUUUCUCUUAAGCGAUGGAAGAUAUUGUUGAACUGUGGCGCACACGCACAAUAUACCAACAAAUUUUCAUACUGCUGAGUUCCCAUGUCACACGAGCCUGAUUUGGUUUAAAUACCAAAGCAUAAUAUAAACUAUAAAGUGGUUUAAUACGAUGAAAACUAAAAAUGUCGAAAUGAUUUCGACAAUUACCGUCCGCCAUCUUGGAUGUGGAGGUCCCGUUUCUGCCAAAAUUCCGUAUCAGAAAUAUUAUGGAAUAAAAAUAGGAUAUUGAUGGUCUUGAAGAAUAAGAAUUUUUUCCUUGAGAAAAUAUGUUAUUGGCCUCCUUGGUCAAUAUCGUAUUUUCCCGCGGAAUACAAUUCAUAUUCCUGCCCCCAACUAAAUAACUUCUAUAUACUUUGAUAACAAUGUCGCCGGUGUUGAUUAGUAUACACGUUCCGUCAAUACAGUGUAAAUAAAGUAUAUUUCAAAACAAUUAGAUUGCAAUUUUUGUUUGUCUAUGUCGUCCAUGUUUGUGUCCAAGUUGUGCCAAAAUAUAGUGCUAAUUCCAAACAUUCCGUACUUCCUGAGCCUGUACGAAUUUCGAGCGGCCGCGAAAGUUGUAGGAUAAACAUGGGCGUUGCAAGGUAUGAGGCAGGCGAGGCAACUGCUUCACCAACUUUUUACAGAAAUAGUUUUAUUUAGAAUUUGUUGACACACGCGAGUAGCCGCCAAGGUUGCCACAGCGUAAUUAGCAGGUUAAGUCCGCUUGGAUGAACUGCUUUUGUUGAAAACGCGUGAGCAUAUAAUUUUCAACGCAUGGGCUCAUUGUUCUUUUUCAAUACAAUUUACAUUGCAAAUUACAUUGUCAUGUAUUUUCAACAUAAAUAGCUUAUCCAAGCGCAUCUACACUCACAUAAUUCUUUUAAAAGCGACCAUGGUUUAUUGCAGUGGAACUUCUGCCGUGCACUAGCAACGAGCAGACGGGGUUGACCCACGCGAGCAGCCGAAAAGGUUUCCACAGCGAGGUUGAUAAACUGAUUUUGUUGAAAACGUGCGAGCAUGUAAUUUGCAACGCAUGGGGUCAUUGAUCUUUUUCAUAAUACCUAGAAGGAAGACUCAUUAGAUAUUAUAUAAUAUAGGCCUACCUGCCCCGGGGACACUUCAAAAACGCAGUACAAGUAUUAUGCAAUAUUCUUGCGUCGCGGGCACUUCAAAAACGCAUUCCUGAACUACACAGCGUCCCUGUGCAUACAUACCUAAAUUUUUGAGGAGUAUUUUUUUAGUUGCCUAAUUUGAUGAUUUGUAAACACAUAUUGAUGAUUUGUAAACACAUAAUGCGGCUGAACUGAGCCGCUAUUUACUCGCAAAUCCAUUAGGAGU